ACCAAAGUACAUUCAGUAUGAAACUCGCAGUUUGAAUAAACAAUUUUGUUGACGGUGGGAGCUUCUGGUUCAUUAAGUGCAAGUCGUUCAGUAAAAUGAACCUAAACACGGCUUCUGCUCCAUUCGUUGUGCUCAUAGUUGUUUCGGUUACACAAGCAAUACCGAUAAAAUGGGCAAACGACGAUGAAUAUUAUUGUAGCGAUGAAUUGACGUGUAAAGCGUACGAAAGGGAGCCCGAUGGUAUAUUGGUCGAGAAAUUAAUGAAACAUGUUAUGUGCACUAAUGGAAGAAAAUUCGGUUCAACCUGUGAAAAUGCGAAAUUUCUUCCGAUCACUGAUGAAAUCAAGAAAAUACUUUUGAAAGGUCAUAAUGAAAGACGGAGUUUAGUUGCACAGGGCAAACUAGAAGGUGUUUUUUAUAACAAAACAGCCACAAGAAUGGCUACUAUUGUGUGGGACGAUGAAUUGGAAAUGAUCUCUGCACAAAAUGUUGCCCAGUGUAAAAUCGAGCACGAUGAUUGUCGUCGAACAAAGCGUCACACGUACGCUGGUCAAAAUCUGGCUCAAGUUUGUGCAUAUCCAAUAUUAAUACCCGUUAAAGAUGCAUUAAAUAGAUCGAUGCACGACUGGUUUGAGGAGCACAAGUAUUUUACGAAUGUUGAUUGGAUAAGUUCAUAUCCAGAAAUGGGAUCCAAACAGGCCAUCGGUCACUUUACACAAAUGAUUCAAGAUAAAGCGUACGCGAUGGGCUGUUCAGUUGUUAAAAAUUUAAAUUGCUAUUACAUCGCUUGUAAUUAUGCGGUGGGGAAUAUAGUCAAUCAUCGAGUGUAUGACAUUGGUAAAGUUGGUAAAAAGUGCCAAAAAGGAAGGAACGAUAAAUAUCCCGGCCUUUGUAAGGAAACUGAAGAUUUCACUGAUGACAGACAACUUUUUUCGAAGGACAAAAGUGAAGUGCCACCAUUGGUCAAGUGGAAAAAGAAUGGCAAGAGAUUUAGUUGGGAUGGAGCAGAUGUUAGAACGACGGCGAAACCGAAAACAACCGCGAAGCCAAAGCCUAAACCAAAGCCAAAGCCAAAGCCAAAGCCAAAACCAAAGCCAAAGCCAAAGCCAAAGCCAAAGCCUAAGCCUAAGCCUAAGCCUAAGCCUAAGCUAAAGCCAAAACCCAAGCCAAAGCCAAAACCAAAACCAAAGCCGAAACCAACCACCCAGAAAUCAAAACAAACCGUAAAAACAACAACGUUCCGGCCCAAGCAGCAAAGCAAAACCAACCAGAGACCAACCAUGAAGGCCACAACUACUUCUAAGCCGAAGGCAAAGACCACUUCUAAACCGACUAAAAAAAGUACUCCUAAACCGACACCGAAGAAGAAAAUCCCGCCUAAGCCAACACCGAAGAAAAAAAUCCCACCUAAGCCAACAACAAAGAAAAAGCAAGAGCCAACUACCCAAAAAAUAGGCGUGAAGGGCAAUACUACUUUUAAGCCGACUCAAAAGCAGCAAGCAAAAACAACGCCAAAACCGAAAACAACCGCUAAGCCCAAGACCACUUCAAAGCCUGCAACAAAAACUACUUUAAUGCCUAAAUAAACCAUAUAAACAAGGCUGAACGCAGGCAUUUAUCUUGAAAUUUACAUCUGAAGCAAAAAUGAUACAAAAACGUCAAAACGGGCAUGAAAUCCAUGAAAUUUUUGUAUAUUUAUG